CCAUCCUGAAGUACAUGGGUGAUUACCCCUCCAAACGGACCCGCUCAGUGAAUGAGCUGACAGAUCAAAUCUUCGAAGGGGCCUUGAAGGCGGAAGCCCUCCGAGACGAGAUUUACUCGCAGGUCCUGAAGCAACUGACGGACAACCACGUGAAGUACAGCGAGGAGAAAGGCUGGGAGCUGCUCUGGCUGUGCACGGGUCUCUUUGCGCCGAGUAACGUCCUGCUCCUUCACGUCCAGAGAUUCGUCCAGUCUCGGAAGCAUCACCCGCUCGCCAACGACUGCCUUCAGAGGCUGCAGAAAGCGCUGAGGAACGGGUCCCGAAAAUACCCUCCCCAUUUGGUGGAAGUGGAGGCCAUUCAGCAUAAAACGACGCAGAUUUUCCAUAAAGUCUAUUUCCCGGAUGACACCGAUGAGGCUUUUGAAGUGGAAUCGGGCACGAAAGCCAAGGAUUUCUGUCAAAGCAUCUCCAAACGGCUCCUCUUGAAAUCAUCGGAGGGAUUCAGUCUUUUUAUCAAGAUUUCAGACAAGGUGAGUUUACAACUUAUUGCAGGCUGGACUUUAUUCGGACUUAUAUCCCGUGUUAACGGAAGCUUCCCAAGCCCGGCCUAUUAAUAUUGGAAGCCUAAAAGGUACGAAGA